AUGGGUGCCACGAUCCACAAGUUUUUCCACCACUCCGAGAAGGUCAGCAGCGGCUGCAGUGCCAUCAGCCGGAAGAGGGCACAGCCCCAACGGCCCGCUUCGGUAACCCGUCCGCCGAGGAAACAGCUGAAGAUGACGACGGCGAGGAUUGAGGAAACCACAAGCUCGGCCGGCCCUGGAACACCGGCUAACGCUUCUUUCGAGGUUUACGAGAGCCCUGAAACCCCGGAAAACCACCAUUCCGAUUCCUCGGAUAGCGGUGAAGAGGACUGUUAUGUCGAGGGCCCAAAUGAGGACAACUCAUUACGCUCGAUCGCCGAAAGUUUGGACGAAGAUUUUGGGCUGGAGCCCGUACCACCUCAGCUUACAGACGAGUCGACAACCGGUCUCGGAAGUCCGGUAAAGAUGUGGAACCUGAUGGUGAACACCGAUAAAAAGAGCAUGUCUUCCUCUGGAUAUCUGGACAAUCAUACAGAUAUUACAGGAAGUACUAGGGCUAUACUUAUCGAUUGGAUCAUGGAGGUCUGCGAGUCCGAGAAGCAACAUCGCGAGACAUUCCACUUGGCGGUGGAUUACGUCGAUCGAUUCUUAUCGAACACCACCGGCUGGCCGGUGGAGCAUCUACAGUUGAUCGGCAUGACGGCUGUUUUUAUAGCUAGUAAAUUUGAGGAAAUCUACCCACCAAAGCUUGACGCCUUCAUCUACUAUACUGAUGGGGCUUGCCGAUGUGUCGAAGUGCAGGAAAUGGAAUUAUUUAUGUUAGAGAAAUUAGAUUGGAUACUCUCCCCAGUCACUCCAGUCCAUUGGCUCUCCUUCUUCAUGCAAUUGCUUGGCAGGAAGGAGAUAAAACCAGACUCCGAAGAAGGCCCCUCAGACAAGCGCUGCGUUGUCCCGAAUCUGAUGAUAGAGGACUUUGUGCAUAUGGCAAAGAUUCUCGAUUUGUGCCGAACCGACGUGAGGUCUCUCGACUUCAGCUACCGCGAAUUAGCGGCAGCCGUUCUUUUCAACUGCCUUGAACCACAGAGACUGAUCACACAAGUUACUGGCAUAAACCCGACGACUAUUACGCGUGCUAUCGGAUGGGUGGAGCCAUUUGUUCGGUAUGCCGAUCGAAAGCGACCAUUGGGUGAUCCUAUUCCGCAACGCUCCAAUGUGCGUGUUGACGACAUGCACAACAUCCAAGGCCACGGGUAUUACAAUCGGAUCGAGACGGCUUUGGCCGAAAUCGAAGAAGAACGUAAAAAAUUGGCCCUCGAAUCCCGUCCCAUUUUACGGCCAGCAAAACGAGCUAUUCUGCGUUCUCGCUUGAGUUUU